GACAAAUAUUUUUAAUUUUUUUUUUAGUUUUUAUGAGUAAAAUAAUAUCUCUUUAAGUUUUCAAUUUAUUUAUAUGUGAGUAAAAUUAUUGUAUUUUACACUAACUUUCUUGAAGCAGUACCAAUAAUGAUAUUCUGUACAGUUAAAUAUGAGCUUCAAAACAUGUGCUUUACUACAUACUGGAAAAAGUGACAAUAUACUUUCCCGGACAAAAGAAAAAUAAACUCAAGCUCAUCACAGUAAAGCUUCAUAUAAUCUCUUAUAUACAAUACUUUGAACAACAGUGAAAAAGCAUUAACUUUUAAACACUAUAAACAAAAAAAAAUAAUCACGAUUAUGCCUUAAAUAACAAGAGAUUAUGUAUGACAAUGAACAUUUAUUCUGUACGAUUUGAUAUCUCCAACCCAUUGGUAACAAGAUUUGAGCAAGAGAUGUCUAAAAAUUUAAUGAAAUCCCUAUGUAACUAAUAGACAUUUAACAAAUCCUACAAACAAGAGAAAUAUUCAAAUGGACAUACAAAGCAUACUGACUAGUUGAGGCGUCUAUUUAGUUACUAGGUUAUCUGAUAAGUUAGAAAGUGAAAAGUAAAAAUGUUAAAGAUCAUUAAAAAACUUCCUUAUAAGUGUCCAGUUUGUAGAAUAAUCGUUCCUACUCAGCGGAAAAUGAAGUGUCAUAUAUUUGAACAUACAGGUGAGCGGCCCUUUAAAUGUGUUAUAUGUGAGAAAACCUUUAUCCACCUACAUCACGUAAAGAGUCAUUUGUUGACACACUCUGAUGAGAGACCUUUUAAGUGCACUAUAUGUGGAAAAUCCUUUAAAACUAGACACUAUAUGAAGGAACAUACAAUGGUUCAUACUGGAGAGCGACCUUAUAAGUGUGAUACAUGUGGAAAAUCCUUUGUAACCAAAAAAAGUGUGAAGAGACAUUCAUUGAUUCAUACUGGAAAGCGGCCUUAUAAGUGUGAUACAUGCGGAAAAUCCUUUACAACAAAAAGGUCUUUGAAAGAACAUACAACGGUUCAUACUGGAGAGCGACUUUAUAAGUGUGAUACAUGUGGAAAAUCCUUUGUAACCAAAAAAAGUGUGAAGAGACAUUUAUUGAUUCAUACUGGAAAGCGGCCUUAUAAGUGUGAUACAUGCGGAAAAUCCUUUACAGCCAAAGUUAAUAUGAAUACACAUACAUUAGUUCAUAGUGGAGAGCGACCUUAUGAGUGCAAUACAUGUGGAAAAUCCUUUGUAAGAAAAGAUUAUUUGAAGCAACAUUUAUGGAUACAUAUUGGAGAGCUACCUUAAGUGUGAUACAUGCGGAAAAUCCUUUACAGUAAAACAGAAUUUGAAUAAACAUACAUUGGUUCAUACUGGAGAACGGCCUUAUAAGUGUGAUACAUGUAGAAAAUCCUUUACAACCAAAACUGCUUUGAAGCGACAUUUAUUGAUUCAUACUGGAGAGCGACCUUAUAAGUGUGCUACAUGUGGAAAAUCCUUUACAGCCAAUUCCAAAUUGAAGAAGCAUACAUUGGUUCAUAUUGGAGGGUAACCUUAAA